ACAUUUCUGGAGAAGUGACACCAAACGUCAGAACCGACACCAACAAUCGCAACAACGCCCAGCGGUCGUGGGAGCUUCGCAAUGGCAGACAAUCCUCUGGUGCAGUAUGCGCCCAUCUUGGUCGCAGCAUUGGCCCUGCUCGGCGGUCUCUUCGUUUUCUUGACUCAAGAGAAGAAGCCCAAGUACAAGAAGGUGCUUGACCCUACCAAGUUCCAAGAGUUUCCCAUCUCGAAAAAGACUCAGAUCUCGCACAACACCGCCAUUUACCGCUUCAAGCUGCCUACCGAAGACAGCAUUCUCGGCCUGCCCAUUGGCCAGCACAUUUCCCUCGCCGCUACCCUCGAUGUCACCGAUCCCAAGACUGGCAAUGUCGAGCGCAAGGAAGUCGUUCGAUCGUACACUCCCAUCUCCAGCGAUGAACAACCCGGCUACACCGAUCUUCUCAUCAAGAGUUAUCCACAGGGCAACAUCUCGAGACACAUUGCAACGCUGAGCGUGGGCGACACCAUGAAGAUCAAGGGACCCAAGGGGGCUUUCGUCUACACACCAAACAUGUGCCGCCGCAUUGGAAUGAUUGCUGGCGGUAGCGGAAUUACUCCAAUGCUUCAGAUCGCCGAGGCCAUCAAGCGCGGAAGGAAGAACGGAGACAAGACGAUUGUCGAUCUCAUCUUUGCCAACGUGAACGAGCUGGACAUUCUUCUCCGCGAUGAUCUUGAGGCUCUGUCCAAGCAGGAAGGUUUCAAUGUCUAUUACGUGCUGAACAACCCACCUGAAAAGUGGACUGGUGGAGUUGGUUUUGUCACUGCUGAGAUCAUCAAGGAACGUCUUCCAGCUCCAGCCAAGGACAUCAAGAUUCUGAUCUGCGGUCCUCCACCUAUGGUCUCCGCCAUCAAGAAGGCAACCGAGUCGAUGGGCUACGACAAGGCACGACCAGUCAGCAAGCUCGAGGACCAAGUCUUUGCCUUCUAGAUGUCCAACACACAAGGCGCAUGACCAAGGCGUGAGAACAAGAUACAACGCUUUGAGAAUUGCGAUAUCCGGUGUACAGUUGCCCUGGCUUCUGUACAUCUACAAGGCCAGUCCAGCAGAGGACACUUGGAAGAUCUUCUAGACGCAAGGAGUCAGUGAGCAGGUUUCCUGUAUGAGUGGCAACCACAUGCACACAUCAACGGCACGUGGCGCAGCUCGAGCUAACGAUAGAGAAAGAGAAUCGUAGCGGCGUGGCAGGUGGUCUCAAGCAGAGCCAUCGAAUCAAAGUGAAACUUCCACUGGCAUGGCAACAAUCGCUGUGACCCUCUUUCAUGCUCGGUUUACAACCGCGAACUCUUCACUCCUAUGGCCUACCAAGUUCACACCUGUGUGCUGAGAGCACCAGUUACCAACCACCAGCACGAAAAGUCGAUGUCGAACGAUGAUUGAAGAGAUCGCCUCGCUUCAACGAUGCUCUCAUGCUCGCGUACAGAAUUCCCAAACCGAAUUUCUCUUUUCGAGCAACAGACGAAACGGCGUUCAGUAGCUUGGCUCUGACCACCAGCAGCAUGGAAACUUGCUUGAGGCAUGAUUACCUUCAGCCAACGACUUCCUGUAGGGCAGGACUGGGAGGCGCUAGACGUCCCACUCCACCAGCUGCUUGAGAGGCCGAUAGCUCACCCUUCUCACCAUCACGGCAAGUCUCUCAUGAGCGGUCUCUCGCC